GAGGGAUGCUGGUGGGAAGGGAGCGAGCGAGACGGGAGGGCCAUGAGGGACCGCGCGACGCGGGGGCGCGGUGAGAGCCGCCUGGAGUGGGGGAGUCUGAUGCAGGCCUGUCGCUCCUCGGCGCUUGGAGACUGCUGCUCCCCACGAGCCUUUUUGAAUCCUGAAACAGUGCUUUGAACCCUCCCCCCCCCGGCGAAAACAAUUGUAAAUCGAAGUUAAUGAAUCUACAAAAAUGCUAAACACUAAGAUGAGAAAAAUUGAUCUCUGUUUGAGCUCUGAAGGCGCUGAAGUGAUUUUAGCCACAUCAAGUGAUGAAAAACACCCACCUGAAAAUAUCAUUGAUGGGAAUCCAGAAACAUUUUGGACUACCACAGGAAUGUUUCCCCAGGAGUUCAUUAUUUGCUUUCACAAACAUAUAAAGAUUGAAAAGCUUUUGAUCCAAAGUUACUUAGUGCGGACAUUGAGGAUUGAAAAGACCACAGCUAAAGAACCAGUUGGAUUUGAGCAGUGGAUUGAUAAAGAUUUAGUACACACAGAGGGGCAGCUUCAAAAUGAAGAAGUUGUGGCACGGGAUGGCUACGCCACUUACUUGAGAUUCAUUAUUCUAUCAGCCUUUGAUCAUUUUGCAUCUGUGCAUAGCAUUUCUGUGGAAGGAAUAGCAGUCUCAAGUCUUUCUUAGUAAUCAGCACAAAAUACUCUUUCUUUUUAACCAUGUAUUUAUUUCAACACCAAGUUGAUAUAUUUUAUUAAAAUGAUUUGUGUCAGUCUGUUUCAAUUUAUUAUAUUUUCUUCAAUAUUUUGGGCAAAGAAAUUCUGGUUCCAUCAGUCAGCAAUGGGGCCACCAUGGAGGAUAUGAGGAAACUUUGAUGUCAAUAUGUAGCUUAAUCAAGGAAGUGAUUAUACAUGAAAAUUUAACUGAUAAUCCAUUGUAUCCCCACAACAUCUAAUAUAGUACUAAUCAGAUUUGAGUGCAUUAUGUUUUUAAUUUUUUGAUUGAUUGAUGCAAAGGGCUAAGUGAGCAAUAUAGACUGUUAAUGAUGUCAGAGUUCAGAGAGGAGAAAGUACUUAUGGGAAGGUUUGAUUGAGGCCAAGGAAUCUGAGCUUAACCCUAUAAAGCAAGUCAUAAUUUUUUUUUUUUUAAAUUUUGUUCUAGUUUGGUUUGAAAACCUCAGAGAAGGGUUAGAAACAGAUAAUCUUAUUUCCCAAAGACACCCAUUAUUGACAUUUUAUGUAUUUUGAUAUUUUGAGGAGGCAAGGAACAAAAUGGGACAGACUGUUGGAAAUAAGAUUUACCUGAAUACAUCUCAUGAUAUAAUUUUGACUUUGGCAGCAUAAAUAGCCAAAAUUAAAUAAAAAGCAAUUUCAGAAUAUUGAAAAUGCACAGAAAUGCAUGAACCUAAAUUUUAUCCCAAGUUUUUUUUUUCUUUUCCUCCUCCCCCUACUUUAUUACAAGUU